GAAAAUAUAGGCAGCAUCCAUCGCCUUUCCAGCACGCGUUCAGUACUUGCUUGAACAGCAAGCGUUAGACAAUUGGCUGAUCAAUUCAUAAGCGCUCCGAGAAACUGGCGCGCUGAAACACACACAUACAAUAUAAAAUAGAGCCCUCUUACUGGCUGCACUCUUUCAUUCAUUUAAAGUGCCGGUUUAAGAAAGUGAGGCUUUAAGGAGACCGGAAAAUGAUAGUAAAAUGUGCGAUAAUUCUCCUGAUUUUUGCAGUCUUCGAACAAGCGGUGGGGACGGAUAUUACUGAUCAUCACGAAAACCCGCAAGACAAACCAGCUAUCCAGCAGAAAGGACGGCUUUCUCUGCAAAACACAGCUGAAAUCCAACAUUGCCUAGUAAACGCUGGGGAUGUAGGAUGCGGCGUUUUUGAGUGUUUCGAAAACAACUCCUGCGAGAUCAGGGGACUGCAGGAGAUCUGCAUGACAUUCCUGCACAAUGCGGGGAAGUUUGAUUCGCAGGGUAAAUCCUUCAUCAAAGACGCUCUGAAGUGUAUGGCUCACGGGCUGAGGCACAGGUUCAGCUGCAUCAGCCGCAAGUGUCCAGCCAUCAAGGACAUGGUGUUUCAGCUGCAGAGAGAGUGCUACAUCAAGCACAACCUCUGCUCCGCGGCCAAGGACAACGUCAACGUCAUGGUGGAGAUGAUCCAUUUCCAGGACCUGUUUCCCAAAGGGCCCUACGUGGAGCUGGUGAACAUCCUGCUGAGCUGCGGGGAGGAGGUGAAGGAGGCGAUAACGCGCAGCGUGCGCCUGCAGUGCGAGCUGAACUGGGGCGCGCUGUGCGACAGCCUCAGCUUCUGCUCCUUCUCCAGGCAAGAGGAGCACGCCUCCCAACUGACCCCGGCGCCCGAGCCCCGGAAACAAGGGGACCCCCCGCACCGCGCCCCUGCCGCCGACCCGGCUCAGCCGCCCCCCGAAAGCGAACGGGACCACCCCCGGACCUCGAGGCAAGGAGAGAGAGAGAAGGGGGGCAAGGCCCACGCCGGACCCCAGCCCCGAAGUCGCGGCCAGGGCUCGCGGCGCUCCAGCAUCGAGGCGGACAAGGCCGAGCAAGACGAGCCCGAGACCACAGACAUCCGGAGGUGAAAGAGCCGCGUGGUCCAGCCGAACUUUCUCUGAAUCAAUAAAAUCAGCAGAAAACCUGAGAGAGAGA